GGAGAUUUUCCUUACUCUUGACUGAAGACUAAAAGGGCCUCUCUCUCUCUCUCAUAGCUUCUUCCUCUUUAACAAUAACAAAUAACAAUGGGUUCAUUUUUCUAUUCUUGUACUUAUUCAACUCCUUUUCUCUUCAUAUAUUCCUCUUCCUUCUCCUUUAUCCUUUUUGGGGUUUUCAAAGUUUCUAAAGGAAAAGUUAGUUAUAAAGUGAGAAUCUUAUAUUUGUUUUAAUAUGGGGAUUUGCUAUGGUAAACCUGUAAAGCUUGCUCAUGCAUCUUCUAGCUUGUUGUCUGAUUCUAGAACAGGCCCAGGCAGUGAGAGAAAGGAAUACAGUCAUCGCCAGACACUUGAGGGCAGUUUAGGAAAUGCUCUCAAGUCUUGCAAAAUUGAUCUAUCUGCUGUCAGCCAUCUCAAGUCCUUUACCUUCAAUGACCUCAAGAAUGCAACUAGGAACUUUCGAGCUGAUAGUCUUCUUGGUGAGGGAGGAUUUGGAUAUGUCUUCAAAGGAUGGCUAGACGAAAAUACGUUUACGCCUUGUAAACCAGGGACAGGGAUGGUAGUGGCCGUCAAGAAACUUAAGCCAGAAAGCUUUCAGGGGCACAGAGAAUGGCUUGCAGAGGUUAACUACUUAGGGCAGCUUCGCCACGAAAAUCUUGUGAGGCUAAUUGGAUAUUGCGUAGAAUGUGAUAACAGGCUUCUUGUUUAUGAGUAUAUGACCAAAGGAAGCUUGGAAAAUCAUCUGUUCAGAAAAGGAGUUCAGCUUAUGACUUGGGGUAAACGGAUGCACGUUGCAGUAGAUGUUGCACGAGGACUGGCCUUCUUGCAUAGUCUGGAUGCUAAUGUCAUCUAUCGGGACCUCAAGGCAUCAAACAUUCUACUUGAUUCGGAUUUUAAUGCGAAACUAUCAGAUUUUGGCCUCGCAAGGGAUGGUCCUGAUGGAGAUAGAACUCAUGUUUCAACCAGGGUCAUAGGAACUCGGGGUUAUGCCGCACCAGAAUAUGUAGCAACAGGUCAUUUGACUCCAAAGAACGAUGUAUAUAGUUUCGGUGUUGUUCUGUUGGAGCUGCUAUCAGGAAAACGAGCUACAGGCGAGGAGAACCCGGGAGGUGCUGAGGAAACAUUGGUAGAAUGGGCGAUACCUUUCCUAAGCGACAGCAGACGAGUACUGAGAAUCAUGGAUACAAGGUUCGGAGGGCAGUACUCAAAGAAAGGUGCACAAGCUGCAGCAGCACUCGCCUUACGGUGCCUCAAUGUAGAUCCAAAACUUAGACCAACAAUGGAUGAGGUAUUAUUAGCUACACUAGAGCUUUUGCCAACACCAAAAGAUAUUCCUAGGACUUUACCAACACAGGCAAAUAAUGCAGCAAAUAACAAGAUAAGUCAUCAUCAAAAGAGAGUUGUCACACAUUCAAGAUAAAUGUACCAACACUGUAUGGGUCAAAAUCUGAUCCCAUGAUAAUUAACGAGGCUAAUCCCGUUUUAAGUUAAUUCAUGAUUAAUUAACGGCACGAACACUCAGGAUUGACAACGGUCAACCCGCCUCUAGCUCGGUCGACAAGGCCCUGGCCUACGCGCCAAUACAAAAGGCGAGAUCUCAACGUGGUUACGGCCACUUAUCGCCAGCUCACGAAGCUCACAGCUAUAAAUACCAAGAGAGGAAACCCCAGAAAGGGGGCUGCUUCUCGACCACUAGUGAGAGGAGAGAGAAACGAGAAAAGAUACCCCUCUUAUGAGAAGAGAAAACACCAUUGUAAGGCUCUGAACCUCUCCAUGGAGAGGCAGACCAAACAAAUAUUAUCAAUAAAGGUUUCUAAUGCUUCUCCCCUUAAUCGUGAGUUCUUAUUUUCAUGUCUUUCAAUUGGUCCAACGGAUUAUUACGAUUUGCUAUGAUUAUCCCGGGAUUUAUUUAUGUUGUUUUGUACUCGUAAGAUGUGUAACAUUUUUUGAGCGAACAAACACAUUCUACAUAUAUUUUAAGAUAGGUGGUCUUUUUCUUCUUUAUUUGUUUGUUGUUUCCCUUGUUUGAUGAGGAAGAAAAAUAUCA